AAGCUCGAACUUUGAGAGCAUUAUGUACCACGUGCAAGUACCCAUCGACGGGGACAACGAAGAAACUAACUGGAGAUUGAACUGUAAUGAAAAGUUAACAAAAUUGAUGGAACACCGCCACUUCUCAGCCACCGAAGAUAACCCUUCUAAUUGCCAUCAUCCACCUGCUGGUCAACAACUACAUUUGAGCGCAGAAACCUUUGUUUCUUUGGAAUUGUACGAGGCUGUCAGAAACAGAAACCCAAACUCAUUUGUACAAAUUCUAGAGAAGGUCUCUACGGAGAAGAAGUUACCAUUACCUGCAAUUCUUGACGAAGUAACUCGUGCGGGUAGUUCGUUGCUUCACGUGGCAGCGCAUUUCGGGAGAGAAAGAAUAGCGGAAUUGAUUUGUCAACACUUCCCAGAGAUUCUCACAAAGCAAGACAUCAAAGGCGAUACCGCACUUCAUGUUGCAAUCAGAGCUAAGAAUAAUAAUCUCGAGGUAAUUAAGAUCAUUGUUGAUACAUAUAUCAUUGAUGAGGAGCUGCAACAACAACUAGUACGGAUAAAGAAUGAACAUGGGAACACAGCGCUGCAUGAGGCUGUGAUUUGCAAUCACUUUGAUGCAGUUGAAUGCAUUUUCGGUGCAGAUCAAAUAGUUGCUCAUUGUUUAAACAAGUUAGGAUUAUCUCCAUUGUAUUUGACUGUUCUCACGGCUUCCGAUAAGAAAAUACUCACACUGCUAUUGAAAGCUCCGUUCGACAAGGAUAAGCUGCUGCCAGCAUUUCGUGGCAACUCUCCUCUUCAUGCUGCCAUUUUGAAAAGAAAUUCAGGUUUAAUUGAAUACAUACUGGAGAAAAGACCAGAGUUAAUCCAUUUAAGAGAUGAAAAAGGAAGUACCCCCCUUCAUUAUGCGACAUCCAUUGGCUAUCUUAAAGGUGUCCAAAUAUCUAUUAAUAUAUAAUAGGAGAGUAGUAAGGAGGUCUUUGAUCGACAAGUGGAGCAUUCCAUACUCGACACGUGGAGCUGUGUGUGGUUGACAAGUGUUUGCUUUUAGAGUUGGGCACCUGGCAAUUUACAAAGCAAAGAAGUAUGCUUAUACAAAAAGAGUCCAUAUACAAAAAGAGUCCAUAUACAUUAUGCUUAUACAAAAAGUAGACACCUGACAAUUUUGUUUCCCAUUGUCUACGAAGUAAAAAAAGUUCAUAUACAAACAAAUAAAAAUA